GCCCCAAAGCACUUGAAACGGAAGUUGUAAGAGCCUCGUCCACAAAAACGGUAAACAAUCGCAUCCCCUCGCCAAAAUCGCGGAUGCUUUGUGAAAAUCAUUCAGGUUUCGAGAUGAAACACAACUCGAACGUCCCGGCUUUCCUCACCAAGCUGUGGACGCUGGUCGAGGAUGCGGACACCAAUGAACUUAUUUGCUGGAGUCAGGAGGGCAAUAGCUUCCUAGUGCUGGAUGAGCAGCGGUUCGCCAAGGAGAUUCUCCCCAAGUUCUUCAAGCACAACAACAUGGCCAGCUUCAUCAGGCAGCUCAAUAUGUAUGGAUUCCGUAAAGUGAUGCACCUCGACCAAGGCAUCGUCAAGCAGGAGAGAGACGGUCCUGUGGAGUUUCAGCAUGCUUGCUUCAAACACGGACAGGAUGACCUGCUGGAGAACAUCAAGAGAAAGGUCUCAAAUACACGUCCCGAGGAAACGAAGAUUCGACAAGAAGACCUGUCCAAGAUCUUGGCCAGCGUUCAGAGCGUUCACAGCAAGCAAGAAAACGUCGACAUCAGGCUAGCAACCCUGAAGAGGGAGAAUGAAACUCUGUGGACUGAGAUUUCGGAUUUGAGACAGAAGCAUGCCCACCAGCAACAGCUCAUCAAGAAGUUGGUACAUUUCAUCGUCACACUGGUACAGAACAACCACCUGUUGAAUUUAAAGCGCAAAAGGCCAAUUCUCAUGAACAGCAACGGAAAGAAGGCCAAAUAUUUCCACGAGAUCUACGAUGACAAAGUGUGUGUGGAGCAGUCGCCCGUCAGCAGUCGGAAUAGCGUGAAGGCAUCCGAGGCGUUAGAUGACGUCAUCAUCUGUGACUUCACCGAGAACAACGUAGAGCGGGCCACCGACCUCGCAGACGGGUCGCCCAGAAACAACGAGCUGUGUGAUGUCGAAAUAGUGGAAGUGGAUCUGGACGCCUGCCCGGUGCUGGAAGCCGAGGCGGAGGCCGGCGCCGCCUGCGUCGAAGAUGUCAAAGAGGGCGAAGCGGCGGGACAGGCGAGGAGCGCCGCGUCGGACGGCAACGGACCGACCGGCGGCGCUCUUCAGCUCAAUAAAGCGUCCGGUCCGAGUCUGGAAGACCACGUCAAGAUGAUGGACUCCAUACUCAAGGAAAAUGGAGCCAUCUCGCAGAAUAUCAACCUCCUUGGCAAGCUUGAGCUCAUGGACUAUUUGGACAGCAUCGACUGCAGUCUGGAGGACUUUCAGGCUAUGCUUUAUGGGAAACCGGGCCUCGACGUUGAUCCCUUUGAGGAGAGCGCGUCCUCCAAACAAAUCCCGACACAAGUCGACAGAGGCAAGCAGGUGGAAAACCACACAGACAAGCAGCUGAUCCAGUACACUUCCUGUCCCCUGUUGGCCUUCCUCGAUGGCUGCGCCGCCCCUGCGGAAUUGGAGCUGGGCGGGGGGAGCGGCGCCUCGGCCUCAGCCGCUUACGUGGGCUCGGAGCCUCCGUCGGAGCUGAUGGACGGCGGUGUGGAGUCGAGGCGACCCGGUCGCAGCUCCCUCGUCCGCCUGGAGCCCCUCACGGAGGCCCAAGCCAGCGAAGAAACCCUUUUCUACUUGUGCGAACUGAGUCCGAGCGACCCCGACGCCAUCUGCCCCGAAAUGGACGGAGUGUGAGCGCCGAGGCCACAGUGUCGUUUUUGCCCCCCCGACUCCGCGUGGGCUCCCCUCUCGCUGCAGUUUUGCGACUUCACCGGCAAGGCGUCUACACUGAACCGGUUUACGGACAGAAAUGAAUAAGCUGAUUUGUUUUUGUUGUUUUUUUUUUUCAAAAUCUAAUUACUGUAGCGUGUUUCGUGAAACUGUUGCCGUGUCAAAAUUUGCACUUCUACUACCGGCACACAACGGCGAUAUAUGUUGAGUUAAAUGUCACCUCUGUUUCCCCCCCCCCGUUCCUGGAGGUUGAGCCUCCAACGCGCUUUUGGCUGCGACCACGAACCAACUAGCUUGCCGCGCACAGUCCACAAACGGGGCAUUUAUCGCUUUUAGAAGCCGGCCGGGGGCUAGUCUUGCGCUCUUACGAAAGGGAAGCCUUUUCUGUCGCGCGUGCGUUGAAACGUUCAACGGGUUUGUUUUUGAUAUGAAUUGUUUUCAGCUUUUGUUGAGUGGAAGCACAUGAAAGUCUGGCACAGACUGCGGCCGGUGUAAAUGCGCACGUGUCCAUGCAAAAGAUCACUACAAGACACCAGUGUCUCGAACACCGAUAAUAUGCUUUCCUGAGCACAUAGGCUGUAUGAAAUAUAACUGUAUUUAUUCUCGUUUGAUUUUUUUUUUUUUGUUCUUGUCAUUUUCUGUCUUUUCCACAACACUCGUCAUAAAGCGACAUUCCUGAUGUUAGCGUCACAGUCGGCACGCUUCCCUUUGAGUUCCCUUGGACUUGUUUUCCCCCCAAAUUCUUGGCAACUGGAACAAAGCUAAUUUAAUGAGCGCUUGGGAUAUGAACCACGAAACAAGCUCUCGGUUUCCUGCGUGAUUCCGAUUAGAAAAACAAUGGCGUCUUGUACCAAUGGCGUGUGCAGAGCUGCGUAAAGGAUGUGCACUGUAUGAGAGCUGAGAUCCAAUAGAUAGAGCUGCAUCUUGAAUUUCACGUUAACGGAUUAUUUUUGUGACAGUAUUCCAGGUGAAUGCUGUCAAAUCUACAAGAUGAAGAAACAAUGGACCGGUUAAAUAGAGCAUAGCGCGUGAGCAGCAUGAUGAUGGCAUCGAAUGCCUGAUACCGGUCAUUUAAUUUUCGACUUUAAAAAUUUAACACUACAGCGAUGAUCCGCUGAGUCAACAUAUUUCUAGAAGUGUUGGCAGUUUCAAUUUUUUAAAAUGAGCAUUUGUCCUCGAGGCCGAAUUUCAGUAUAUAGCUCUUCUAUCGGAUCUCAGUACAUAAGUCCAAUGCGCGUAUGCGUGUGACCUCAUGACCUCAGGAGUUUUUUUUUUUUUUUGACUCAAAAGAUACAUGUCCAAGUUGUCAAGAAAGAAAUGGGAAGCUUGUUUGCUUUUAGAGCUUUGGGGAGAAUGUUGGGAACUGACCGCUUGUUUUUGGCCUCCCAAGUGGAUCAGAUGUCUGUUAAGCUCUUUGGUGUCCACCGUUUUCAACGUGGGAUCAAAAAUGUCUCAUCACUGAUUUAAAAGUGCCUGCGCCCUGAGUUCAUUUCCCUCAUAAGCAUCUGUUCCAUCAGAUGGCUCUUUGUUGUUACAAAACCUUGCAGUCGAAUUAAAGUCUGGUGAAACUAAAA